UGAAGCUGGGGCUCUUUUCCUUGCAGAGCAUAGGUAUUUUCCUCAGCUAAGAGGAUCGGACAGAUUCCACCAGCGGGCUUGCAUCAUGGAGGCUAGCAGUCAAUCCAGCAGUCAACAGAUUCUGUGGAAAGAUGUUGAGGCUGGAAAAGAGAAGAAGGCCAAGUACCACACCUAUCAGCGAGUGGCUCUGGUCCUGGCUCUGGUCUUUCUGAUUUUGGCUCUUUGCGUUUUCAGCCUGAGAUAUCUGUGGGGCCCCAGUCUGGGGAAGGUUUAUGACCAUCAGUACAAAGCCGUGGUGGACGGUGUGGAGACAGACAGUGUGAUGGAGAUUGACCCAGGUCACCGCAUCGAGAUCUUCAGAAUGGGAAAUGGGAGCGAGGAGGUGCUAGAGGUGCAUGACUUCAAAAAUGGAAUCACUGGGAUCCGGUUUGCCGAACAUCAGAGGUGCUACAUCAGGACCCAAACUAAGAAGAUACCCCCAGUGGCAGAGGUGGAGGCUGAGGACACAGAGUUGCUGCAGGUGGAUGGCACUGAGGCCAUGGAUCUGAAGGUGGAGGACUCCCAAGUGUGGGUUCCUGCCGAGGAGCCCAUCGUUAACCCGGCCUUCCUCCUCGACUCCAAGAUCUGGGAGAUUUGCCAGCAGCUGCCCAUCCACUGGAUUCAUCCCUCCCCCCUGAGCGAUGCUGAGGAUGAAAAUGUGGACACACCUGACGCAGAGGUCACAGGCCAGCGUUUCGCCCGCGAAGUCCUGGACCACGUUCCCGUAAAUGACUAUAGAGAUGUUGGAAUCGAGCUGGAUAACCGUCUGGAUGACCGUGGCUACUGCUGCCAGCACUGUCGCCGUGGUUACCGCUUCUGCCGCCGCUACCACGAGCCCCUGGGUGGCUUCAACCCCUGGCCAUACUACUACCAAGGAGGCCGGGUCAUCUGUCAGAUUGUCAUGCCGUGCAACUGGUGGAUCGCCCGCAUGCUGGGGAGGAUCUGAGUCAGCCGUGUGCUGUCUGAGAGUUAAAGUGUUUAGGUUGUUGUAGGUGCAAAUUCGCCUCUUGAUAAAUAUCCCUGACCACUUGUAAGACCAAAGCAAUCCAUUGCACACAAUCAUUAGCUGAAGUAUGAGUCAAUCUUCACAGUUCAAAUGGCAUUUGAAUCAUUCUGAUGCUUUCUUAAAAGGCAAUAGCUUUAGUCAGCUGUCUAAUUUUCUCUCAUUUGGUCUCCUUUCUAUUUGAGCCUGUUCAAUGAGUGCAAUUUAGUUUGCAAGAUGUCACCAGAAAUUGAUUCACUCUCUUAAAAAAAAAAGACAGCUUCAGCACCGUCUGUCUUUACUUUGCCCAUUUCAUUUUUACUUAAUGAGUUAAAAAUAGUUGUUAUAGUAUGACUGUAAUGUAUAAAAACGGUAUAACAGAAAGUAAUGAUAUGCAGUAAUCUGAGUGGUGCUAAAUACGCAUUCACCAAGCACUUUAUUAA